GUAGAGGAUUUACAGUUCCGUGUUGAGGAAGAAUCCAUUACAAAGGGAGAUUUGGAGCAGUCCCCUAGGCUGAACAAAAGGUUUGUUUUCAAGAUGGAGAAUGCUGGGACUGAAGGAUUAACUACCGUGGCAGAGAAAUCAAGAAUCCUUCAGCUGGAGGAAGAGUUGACCUUAAGGCAAAGUGAGGUGGAAGAGUUGCGGGAAUGUUUAAAGAAUUCCCAUCAGCCAGAGUCUCCAGAUCACAGCCUGGGCCUGCAGACCGAAACUCUCCGCUUACGUGGCCAGUUGUUUUCAGCCAACAAGGAGCACCAGAAAGAGAGUAUCCAACUGAAAGAGAAGUAUGAGAGGACUUUGAAGAAGCACCAGCAGGAGGUUGAGAAGUUGAAAGCUGUCAAUGAAAAGUACUCCCAAGAAAUUGUGGACCUCAAGCAAAAAGUUCAGCAGGCCACCAAUGAGAACAUGGGCUUAAUGGACAACUGGAAGUCAAAGCUGGACACCUUAGCAUCAGACCAUCAGAAGUCAUUGGAGGACCUCAAGGCUACUUUGAACACAGGCCCUGACAGCCAGCAUAAGGAAAUAGUGGAGCUGAAAGCUGUAGUAGAAAGCAUCAAAUUGGAGCACCAGUUAGAGAUGGAGAACCUAAAAGCUAAGCAUGACAUUGAGAUGGCAGUUCAUAUUAAAGAAAAGGAAAGCCUUAAGCUGAAGGUGCAAGAAGUCAAGGAGGAGAUGGAAGAAAGCGACAGCAAUUGGAAGAGCCAGUUGGAAACCAAAACGAACCUGCAGCUAAUGGAACUCCAGGACUUGAAGGAUAAGUGUCGAGAUGCUGACCUCAGAGUUCACGAGUUGGAGAAGCUACACAGUGAUUACAAAGACCAGGCACAAGCCAUCGCUUUCUUGAAAGAGCAGAUCUCCUUGGCUGAGAAAAAGAUGCUGGACUAUGAAACCCUGCAGAAAACUGAGGUUCAAAGUAAACAAGAGAUUCAGCGGUUGCAGGAGAAAGUUCUUGUGUUAGAGAAUAAAUUGCACUCCACGGAGCCCCUCCACCCUUCCCAACCCACCAAUAUGAUUGAAACAAAUGACAUUUCAGAAGAAAAGAUCAAGAUGAAACAAGCCAUGGAAGAUCUCCAGGACAAAUUGAAUAAAAAGGACAAAGAGGUAUCAUCGCUUGUCUCCCAGACGGAUACUCUAAGGGCCCAAGUAAGUGAAGCUUGAACGAGCUGCGGGCGUUGCUAAUGGAAGCCAGCCGGCACUCGCCAGGCCCUGAACGAGACUUAAGCCGCGAGGUGCACAAAGCCGAGUGGAGGCUGAAGGAGCAGAAGCUCAAAGAUGACAUCAAAGGACUACGAGAAAAACUCAGCAUCCUGAUCCGCCAGAUGGACCCAGAUUACAAGUCUGCAAAAGAGCAAAGAUCGAGCACCAUUGACCAUAGGGAACAACCCAAUGCCUGUUUGAAGAGAAUCUCUGCCCACUACGUUAAAAAAAACCCCUCUCUUGAGGUGUCAGAAAUAUAG